AUGGGCGCUCCAACUCCAUCUGCAACUCAAAAUCCAGAUCGCAACAAAACGGCUCUUCAACCAGACCUUGAGCAAGAGCUAAACAACACCAAUGAGGAAGAUUUCCCACCAGAUGCAUUGAAUGCAAAUUCUAAGUUCCAAGAAGAGCCCAAGGCUCGACAUCAACGGAAGAUUAAGCCCAAACGCAGUCGAUCACGAGCUGGAUGCUAUACCUGCAGACUACGACGCAAAAAGUGCGAUGAAAGUAAGCCCAAAUGUGGGCCAUGUUCGAAACAUAUGUUCAAGUGCAUUUGGCCGCGCAAAGGUGAAGGUCGCUUGACUGGAGACAUGCGUGAAAAGAUGAAAAAGAAGAUCGAUCUCUACGACGACGGAUCAACCAAUGCACAUGCUGCUAACCAGGAAAAGAGGCCAGAACAAUGCUUUGUCAAUUACACUCUGGGAUCUUAUAAAUGCGGUGUUGUACUGCUGAAUAGUGACAUUCCAGGUUUGGGGUCAAUCCCGGAGCUUCUCAGCGAUGAGGCAGGCGAAGAUGAAGACGAGGAAUUCAAUGACUACGAAAUAGACAAUGGCGAUGCGAGCAAAAUGAAGUUCGAGCAGGAUAAUAGUGCAAUGGAGGCAUACAACGUUCAACAGAACGAGUUCAGGGCUUUGAAUGAUACGCAACCCGUUACAAACAAAAAAAGUGAUAGUCAGGUGGAACUCACACUGGGUCAAGGUCGUGACAAGCACUACGAUGGAAAUGAAAUACGCGUAGACUUUCCAGUGUCACCGACUUUGGGCAAGAUUUUCGGUUCUGAUCCUCAGGAUACGGUUCUUUCCCCAGCCUUUUUGGAUUCUCCCCCGCCAACAGGAGUUGAACCAGCAGAUGGUGCAACCACAAACGAUUUUCAGCGGCUGACAAUAACGGCUAAUACAGACGAUGAUUAUAAUGCUUACGGGCUAGACGAAGAAUUAUCGGAAAAACUGUAUGAUAAACUAAUGCGUAAGUUUGUGAACUGGACAAGUUCUCAAAACGAAGCUCGAAAAACAAUUUCAGUGGGUAAUCUAAUGUCCCAAUACCAGUUCACGCAACAGGACUUGUUGCUGUACUAUACGUGCAUUUACUAUUUCCUACCCGCGGUGGGCCCGCAACACACGUUGCCUCAAUUAACAACCACAGAGACAUUUGUGCCUUUACUUGCACAAAAUGCGAUCGUGAAGGAUGUAUUUCUGUGCUGUGGAGCUACUUUUCUGGCCUGGUGCCAACCGCAGAAAUACUCGGACACGGCUGAAGCUUUGUACCAAAAAUGCAAAGCUUGCUUGCACGAUGAGUUGAACUCAAACCGGGUCUGUGGCGAUGAGACGUGGAUAUUUGCGUGUUUCCAACUUCUAGUCCUGACGAACAAGCUGCACAAUGGACAGGGAGAGUCGAUGGUGGAUCGAUGUGUAGAUAAUCUGUCGCAUUCCUUCGACAUCAUAAAACGCAAAUACAACGACAUCGAGAAACAUGGCUCCACUCCGGCUGACCGUAUGCUGAUGGAGAGUUUUAUGUACAACUACACGGUUUCGCUGCUGGUUGCAAAAGACUUGACGAAAUUACCCAACCCGUUUGGCAAAGGGUUCCAAAAGUUGGCAGCGUUGUUGAAGUCACCGCUUUUCAACGACUGUGACGUUGCAUGGAUGAACAACCCGAUAUUGGGCCCUUCAUUGGAUGCUUUCUGCAUACUGGCCAAAGUGUCGUUUCUGAGUCGGCUGCCGCUACCGCUGGAGGAAAGCCAAUGGCGGGCAGUUGCAGACAGACUACUAGAGGAGUGUCUGUACUACAAACCUCCGCGAUUGCCCGAGCAAGUGCGGAACGAUGAGCAGAAAUAUGAGAUAUACCGGCCGGGACUGCUGUGCGGGUCGAUCAUCAGCAAGGCGUGCUAUUUACUACUGAGCAAGAUUCUACGGUUUGAGGACUUUGACGUACAUGACCAGCAGAUACAGGACUUGGUCAAAUACACCAUCAAGAGUCUAAAGGAUAUCGAGAAGGGCACUCCGUUACUAUGCAUCCUGCUGUGGUCGUUGCUAGUGAUCGGCGCGUUUACUGUGGAUUUCGAAGAUCGACAGGUCAUUAAAGAGUAUUUGAAAAGCACAUCGGAGACGAUCCACUCAUAUGGCGCUUUAAAGAUCAAUUUGUUGUUGCAAUUGGUGUGGGAUCAUGACGAUAUAAACUUGUUAUUUGUGAGAGAGAAUAUUGGACAGGUUAUCAUUUGA